AUGGCACACAAGUCUACCCUUCUCUUCGGUGCUCUCGCACUUUCACUCGCUGCCGCUCAGAGCCAGGACCUUGCUACCUGUCUUCAGCAGGGCAGUACGAACGACACCGUUAUCUUGCCGUCUAGUUUCGGCUACGAAGCCGCCGCUUAUGCUACCUUCAAUCAGCGCCUGCUCUACAACCCCACUGCGGUUGUGUAUCCCACUACCGCACAGGAUAUCCAGAGAUAUGUGAGAUGCGCAGCUGCCAGCGGCGUACCAAUCGCGGCACGCUCCGGAGGACAUUCGUAUGCCUCUUAUGAUCUCGGAGGGGUCGAUGGAGCCAUUGUGGUUGACUUGUCGAACAUGACGUCUGUCGUUGUCCACGAUGAUGGCACCGCAUAUAUCCAGACUGGAAAUCGCCUGGGUGAUAUGGCUCGGAAGCUCUGGGACCAGGGACGGCGCAGCGUCCCACAUGGGUUUGUUGAAACCGUCGGCACCGGUGGUCAUAUAUCUUUCGGUGGCAUGGGAGCCUGGUCCCGACGCCAUGGUCUUGCCCAGGAUCGCGUCAUCGGAGCAGAGAUCGUGCUUGCUAACGGAACCAUCCUAACUGCCUCUCACACGAACCAGCCUGACUUGUUCUGGGCCAUCCGCGGAGCAGCACCCUCGUUCGGCAUUGUCACCCAGUGGAUCAUGGAUACGCUACCAACCGACCCUAGCGUGAUCACUUAUACCGUUGACUACGAUGCUGUCACCACCAGCACACAGCUCAGUCAGAUCUUUCAGCGCUGGCAGGCCACUGUUGCAUCCGCACCUGACGAGUCAUGGCUUGCAUCACGGGUAGCUAGAGCUACUACUGCAAGCGAUUUGACUCUACAAUUGCGAGGUGUGUACUUUGGCACCCAAGACCAGUUCAACGCAUACACCGCAAACUGGACGACGUUGUUCAGCCCUGGGCGUCUGAGCUCACAGGCUCAUGACUGGUAUGGUGGUAUAAUCGCACCUCUAUCGACAUCGACUAUUCCCCGGCGCCUGAACGUGUUCGGAAAGUCACUGAUGACGAAUGACUCGGUGAUCCCCGAGCGCUGGGACAGUAUGUGCGAGUACAUCUUUAGUGCAGGAAUGAACGCAUCACUACCGUGGUGGUUCGAGUCCUACAGCUACGGUGGUGCGAUCUCUCGCCAAGGGACAGACGCAACAUCGUUCGCUAGCCGAGAUGCGUUGUUUUCGUACCAAUGGUGGGGAUACACGCCUGCGAAUACCGCCUUCCCCUCGGAUGGCAUUUCGUUCGUUGAUGGAAUGCUCAAAGCACUGGAGCCGAACCCGCAGAAGGCUUACCCGAACUAUGUUGAUCCUACGCUGUCGGCUGAUGAGUGGAAGCAACAAUACUAUGGCGACCACUAUGAACGUUUGGCAAGGAUCAAGAGGGCAGUGGAUCCGAACAAUGUGUUCCGAUUCGCUCAGUCUAUCGAAGUGGCUGAAUAG